AUGGGCGGCGAAAGAUCUCCAGAGCGGGUGCUCAUUGUUCUACACCGGCCAAUUCCUGAUCCUGUGCAGGCGGAUAUCCGGCACAAGUUCUCCGAUGCCGAGGUCACCUUCUACAAGUCCGAACAGGGUGUCCCGGUGCCUCCUGAGCUAUAUCACAGAGCGACCGUUCUUGUGACCUUUGCAAGUCUUCCGGAUCUCAAGGAUGCCCACAAUAUAAAACUUAUUCACACCUUCUCUGCGGGCUUAGAUCAUCUCUCACAGCACCCAAUCUUGCGUGAAAGCGAUAUCCACAUCACCACAAGUUCCGGAAUCCACGGCCCUCCUAUUGCGGAAUGGACCGUGAUGAACUGGUUAGUCUCCUCGCGCAAAUAUGUACAGACAUAUGAAGCCCAGAAGGCGCAUGAUUGGCAGGACAAGACAGGGAAGAUUGGCGAGAUGCAUGACCAAGUGGGGAAGAAAGUGGGCAUUUUGGGAUAUGGAAGUAUCGGACGUCAAAUCGGCCGUGUCUCGCAGGCCCUGGGUAUGACGGUGCACGCGCACACGGCCUCCCCACGCCCUACCCCCGAGUCGCGCCAUGACAACGGCUACAUUGUUCCUGGGACCGGUGAUCCCGAUGGGUCGAUCCCGGCAUCUUGGCACCAUGGAACCGAUCGUGAAUCCAUUCGCGAAUUUUUGGCUAUUGGCCUGGAUCAUCUUGUUAUUUCACUUCCGCUGACCCCGCAAACCACCCAUCUUCUUUCGGCAGAAGAGAUCGCCAUUCUUUCCGACAAUUGCCACCACUAUGCUAGCAAGCCCUACGUGACCAACAUCUCACGAGGAAAGGUUAUCAACCAGAAGGAUCUCAUUGAUGCGCUCCGCUCCGGUGCGUUGGGUGGUGCCGCACUUGACGUGACUGAUCCCGAGCCUCUCCCUAAAGAGGAUCCUCUGUGGGACGCACCAAAUGUGCAGAUUAGCCCGCACGUCAGUUCUCACGGGAAAGAGUAUUUCCCGAGGUCCCUUGAUAUCCUCCGGGUCAACCUGGGCCGGCUUGCAAAGGGUGAACCGUUGAUCAAUGACUAUAAGAGAGACAAAGGCUAUUAG